CCCACAAAAACCAGUGACUGUGGAGGUAUAAAUCUCUUCAUGAGCAACACUGACAUCCUGUCAUUGAACAUUUCGCAGAGGCAGCUAAGAUUUCAGCUGGGGAAACACCGUGCCACAGCAUCAAGAGACAACACCUGCGCCCCCCCUUGCCUUCCACAGUAAUUGCUUUGCACCAUGGGAAAUGGCAUGAACAAGGUUCUCCCUGGACUUUACCUUGGGAACUUCAUAGAUGCCAAAGAUUUGGAGCAACUGAGCAGGAAUAAGAUCACUCACAUUAUUUCAAUCCAUGAAUCUCCCCAGCCACUACUGCAGGAAAUGACUUAUCUUCGCAUUCCUCUGCCAGAUACACCCGAGGCCAACAUCAAGAAGCACUUUAAAGAAUGUAUCAGUUUUAUCCACUACUGUCGCCUGCAUGGAGGGAACUGCCUUGUUCACUGCCUUGCGGGGAUCUCCCGGAGCACCACCAUUGUUGUCGCCUAUGUCAUGGCCGUGACGGAGCUAAGCUGGCAAGAGGUAUUGCAGGCGGUAAGAGCAGUGCGACCGAUUGCCAAUCCCAACCCCGGCUUCAAGCAGCAGCUGGAGGAGUUCGGUCACGGCCCUGCACGAAAGAUUCACAGACACUUGGAGCAGAGAUAUGGAGCCGACACUUUCAAUGACGAGGAGGAGAUAAGGCUCCUGCUUCCAGCAGACGGAGAAGGCACAUCCAGGACAGAUGGACCCCUGCAGGGACUGGUGCCAAGGAGCAGAGACAUCAAGAACACAGUCCCCUUUCUGCUGCGAGUGAAGCAGACGUUCUCCUGCAUCCCCACCUGUUUGAAGUGAGUCCAGCUGAGGCACAGAGAGGAGGGACGCGAGGCAUUCUGGGAAAGUGCAUAGCCUAACAUAUCAGACUGGCAAACGCCAAGGCCUGGAAAGGGACAUCCCUGCUAUUGUAUGUCAGGGGAGAGGUAUGGUCCAGUGGCGCAAUCACAGGCCUGGGAGCCAGGAACUCCUGGGUUCCCAUCCAAGCUCUGUAGUCUUCCUCUGUGGCCUUGGGAAAGUCACCUAACAUCUGCCUCAGUUUCCCCAUCUAAAGUGUGGGGGGUUAAUGCUUACGUUUCUAUUUCCCAGGCUGCUGUGAGGGUUGGUUAGUAAAUAUACAAAGGGCACUGGGAGGGUUAGACGUGCUGACUAUCAUCAUUAGUGAACAGAAGGGCCUUGAGCCCUGGCUUACUGAGUGCUACAGAUCAGCUGUGCAGGAGGGGAUUUUCCUGCUGCCAAGAGCCUGGGUUGGAAAGUACCAGCCAGGGAUGGACUUCGGCAGCAAAUUGUAAUACUUCAAUAAAUGCUGCACUGAACCCAUAAAAAUACAAUAAAGCGUGGGGGGAUGUCUCUUUAUAGAUGAGACUUUUUCAUCAGCAAGUGGUUUCCACUGUCCGGGGCAUUGUAUAAGAAGUGUGUGUGUGUUUUCCAUUAGACCCAGUACACCAGCCAGGAGACAGCUCUCAUGCAGGCAAAGGUCCAACUGUAGGCAACAGUGAAUGGUGUGUUAACAGGGUUGCACUACGUUUCCCCUGAUCCUGGUGUGGUCUCCCACAGGGGGCAAAUAAUAGUUAACACUGGGCCAGGUAUUGCUAGAG